AUGGAAAUGAAGCGUAUUCUUGUUACUGGUGCAGCCAAUGGACUUGGUCGACAUAUGGCAACGAAGUUCCUCUGUCGAGGCUACUACGUCACAUUGGCAGAUAAUGAUACGACCUCUCUGAAAUUACUUGAACAACUACUUUCCAAUGAUCACUGUGUAUUUCCACCAGGCUCCGGUCGCACAGUUCAAACACAUGCUUUAUUUUAUAGCUGCAAUAUCAAUGAUGAAUCAUCAGUAUCUUCAUGUAUCACUUCGAGCAUUGAGAAAUUUUCCGGUUUGGAUGCUCUCAUUAAUAAUGCUGCUAUUGCAAGUCCAUGGAUCGGUGGCAAAGACGAUCCUAAUACUCCGUUUGACGAUGUACCUGUUUCACAAUUUCGUAGUUUCAUAGAAACAAACCUAAUUGGUCCGUACAUCUGCUCUCGGUACGCUGCUCCACAUCUUCGUGCAACAAAAGGUUGUAUAGUUAAUAUUUCAUCAACACGAGCACUCCAAUCAGAGGCUAACAAUGAGGGCUAUUCUGCAAGCAAGGCUGGUCUGAUUGGACUUACACAAGCUAUGGCUGUUAGUUUUACAGGUUCUGGUGUCAGAGUCAAUGCGGUUUCACCUGGUUGGAUCGAUGUUCGUGAUAUGGAUACGAAAUACUUGGCUCAACAAAGCGAAGCAACUGUUAUUCCUUCUCUGACUGAGUCGGAUCAUUCACAACAUCCUGCUGGCCGUGUCGGUUUACCUGAAGAUAUCACAAAAAUUGUAGAAUUUUUAGUAGAUGAUGUUAACGGCUUCAUUACAGGACAGAACUUCGUCGUUGAUGGUGGCAUGACAAAGAAAAUGAUUUAUCAAGAAUGA